GGGCCCGGCGCGGCUUCCGGGAGAGGCGGGAGGAGCGGCUGCCGGUGCGGUGCUCGGGUCCGCUCGGCUCCGGGCCCUCGGCCGCCGCCAUGACCCGCAAGAAGCUGCACCGGCCCAUCGCCGCCAUGGCCAAGAAGAUCCGCGAGUACCGGGCGCUGAAGGAUCGGCCGCGGGACUCUCAGCGCUUCGCCGUGGACUGUGAGACCAUGCGGCGGCCCCUGACCCAGAAACGGCUGCCGGUGCGGGCCUGGGAGGACGUGCGGAACGAGAACCGCCUGUUGGCGCUGCUCUGCCGCCUGCCGCGCUUCGGCGUCGGCCGCACCGUCACCCGCAAGUCCUGGCUGUGGGCGCACGACGAGCCCUGCUACUGGGUCAUCACCAAGGUGAAGGCGGACUACACGGCCGAGAACAUGGACCAUGGAAGAGCCUGGGGCUACCUGACCUUCAAAGGCAAAAUUGAAGAGGAGGUGAAGGAGAUUGACAAAGCCAUGUACCAUGACUGGCGUAUGGUGCCCAAACACGAGGAGGAGGCCUUCAAGAAAUUCACCCCAGUGCCUGAGGAGACUGUUCGGUUCCUGCCCUACCCACCACUGCUCCGAGCCAUGAUCCUUGCACAGUGGCAGAAGGAGGGAAAACCAAUAAUGGAAGAGCCAGUUAUUGAUCUGGAGACGGUCCUGGCCUCUCCCCAAGAGCAGGCAAAGAAAAAAGCUACAGGGACACCAGUAUAAAGACUUGUUCUGUGUCCUGAGCAUCCCAUGUGCUCUCACUGCCUGUUAGAAGCCCAGUGCACAGGAGUCUUACAGAGCCCCUCUGUGCCCAUUGUGGUAGGAUGUUUCCAGCUUUCUCCUCAGCCCCGUACAGUCACGUCAUCUGAAAGGGAAGAUGCAGAUACAUUCAGACUCUUUUUCCAUAACUUUGGUUUCAGUCAGCAGAGGAAUCUUCUUGGUUCCCUGGAUAGUCUCUAAAUACACAGCUCCAGUCAGCCAGCUGCAGUUUUUUGGAGCAUAAUGUUUUUUACAUAACUGGGGUCCUGCAUGAAUCACAGAAAAAUGACUGCAAAUAUCACAGUAUUUCACAGAGCUGUGAAAAAAUGUAUCUGCAAAUGGAAAUAAAUGUUUUCUUAAUUCUA